AUGGCCGAAAUGCAGCUGGAAACUAUCCUAGAGUACCAACUACGUGUAAUCGCCGUGAAAGGAGCAGCUCUAAAGUACGAUGUCGACCAAGAGGAACAGGAAGAACAAGCUCGACUUGCUGCAAUCGCUGCAUUGGAGAAAGGAGUUCAAGUGCCGGAACCUCAGCCCAAUGAUAACGUAGCCCAACCGUAUUCAGUGAAACCCCCCACGACCACUCAACAACCGUCACCACCUAGAAAAAUCACCAUGACUUCCGCUCAAAAGUACAUCACGAUCAUGGCCAUCAUGGCUGCAAACCUCCUGUUUACGUUGGUGUCUUCAUCAGCGCCAGUAUCAAAUCAAGCCGUGUCUAAAGAGUUAAAAGCCGGCUCACAAUUCGUGUGGGUCUCUGUUGCGUUUCUGCCCACAGCUGGAGGUUUGCAACCAAUAUUACCUACUCUGUCAGCAAUUCUCGGAACUAGGAAUCUGUGUGUUUUAUCUGGUCUAGUGUGGAUUUUUGGCAACCUAUUGUCCGCGUUGGCUACAAAUUUCCCUAUAUUUUGUCUUGGAAGAGGGCUAGCUGGAGCUGCCUUUGGUGGAUGUAUGCUUUUGCCAUACCUGAUUUUAAUCAAAAUCGCACCUUCCAAAGACGAAAUCACACGAUUAUUCGCGAUCAUGUCGGUGUGUUCCAAUAUUGGCAAUUUCACUGGUCCAAUCAUUGCUGGUGCACUCAUCUCCCAAGUUGGAUGGAGAAGUGUAUACUAUUGGUCCUUGCCCGUCGUGCUCUGUAUCAUCAUGCCUGGAUUUGCUAUCGGUCUACACAAUACCAACAUUGACGGUGACAUAUCUCAACUGAAGAGUGCUCAAGCUACCGCCAAUGACUGGAUUCAGAAACCAUUGGCGAAAUUCAUAGCUUUCGUGCGCAAGUUGACUACUCUGGAUUGGCUUGGUACUGGAGUUACCAUUGCAUUUGCCCUUUGUGUUCAAAUGGUGUUCAGUUAUACGUCGCCGAUAUUUGGUUGGACGUCGGCCAUAACUGUAGGACUGUGUGCUGGUUCUGUGUCGCUCUUCUUGCUACUAGUACUGGUUGAACUCAAUGUUGCCAAGAACCCUAUUAUACCCAAGCAAGUAUUCGCAUACAGAAAUUACAAUACGAGUUUCAUAUACCUACAAGGGAUGCGUGGAAUAUUUGGAGCGGCUUUUGUCUUCCUGCCCAUUUUCGUGCAAAUUGUUCGGAACAAUAAUGUGCUCGUAUCAGGCCUCCUUGUAGCACCUAUGGCAACCGGAGUCAUAUUAGGUAGCGCCGUCGCAAAUGCCAUUGCCAAGAAAGACGGCUACUUGCAAUUUCUUAUGGUCAUCGCUGGUGUUUUGGGCACCAUUGGUCUUGGCUGCUUUACGCUUCUCCACCCGUCAUCAUCUGAUGUGUCUAUCGCGUUCGUUGGAAUUGUUAUUGGCUUGGGUCUUGGAGUGUCUUCUAUCACGAACUUUGUGUAUACGGUCAUUUUACCGAAGCAGUUGACUCAUGGAGGCGCCAGUGCCGCUGGUGGACUCGCCACUUGCUUUACUGGAGUGCUACUCAGUAUCAUGUCUUCUGUAAUGAGUAGAACUGCUCAGUCUGGGUUUGGCAAUUUGAUGGCUAAUCCAACCUACUCUGCCCAACUAGCUUUAUAUCCAGUCAUUCCAUACGAUUCAAUACCGGAUCUACCUCAGCCUCUCCGUGAUCAAGCCGUACAAAUUUGGGCGAACGCCACAACGUCAACCUUCCUCUACAUGAUGGUUUGCUCCGCUGUUUGCUGUGUGAGUGCUAUGGCCAUGAAGAAUGUUGGAGAAAAGAAGGGCGACGAACGAAAAGCCUGGUCGAUAUCACUGAGGAUUUGGAAAUUUAUUACGUGUAGUUAA